CGGUAUCACAUAAGAUGGUCAUGCCACAAAAAUGGUUGUUUUGAGACGAAUGUUUAUUAUUAAUAUCCCCGAAUUUAACCAUGAUUAAUUGAAGUGUAGAGUUAACAGAAGAUGAAGCUUUAGUUUCUAUUUUUGUUGCAAACCGGAAUGCAUCUUCAUAAUCUGCAUUGUUUGUUUUUAAUGUUUCCAAUUACUCUGUUAGGAUAAUGUAAAACUUCGAUCCGAAAAUAAGCUGGCUCUCGAGACAGGCAACACAACAAACACAGGCCAUGUUUCAUGUUUCUGUGUCAAACAUAAACAGUGCGUAACAGAGCGUACGAGAUCGAAACGAAAUUGCAUUUCAAUCUAUACCGACCCGUCCCCCCCUUGUCAAUAAUCAUACUCAAUCGAAGGCGAUCAGUAAUAACUGAUCAGAGAAAAUAAAACAAAAAUGUUUCAAAUGAAACCAAAAACCAUCAGUGAAAUGGAAAUGGAAUGGUGGAAUGUCCAUUUUCAGCUGGUAGCGGUUGUUACUCCUACGGCAUCGUUACGAUCGAUUAGCAACUGUCCUCCAUCUCCCGAGAGUUGCUUUCAUUGGCAUCAUUGCUUCAAAUUUAGGUGAAUAGUGCCAACGAUCGCGAUGUAUCGCUUCCCUUUUGAAAAGAAACAUUGAAAGAAUAGCUACAAACGAAGGCUCUAAACACAAGGAACAGGUUUCCCGAUAGUGUCCAUUAACGGACAAAGGUACAUUAAAACUAUCCACCGUACCACCAAACAUACGGUCUGUUUGGUCAAACGAAGCCAGACCUGCUGCGGGAAUCCUCAUGGAUGCGGAGUAAUUUUCUUCAUCCCGCGGAAUUUGUUACCCCAUUCCGGUGGCGGUAGCGUGUGGGCAACCAUCUGGAUGUAGGUUACGAGAAAACAUCAAUCCGUGCAGAAUCGACCGUAAUGAGUUUCCGUGAACCUGGUCCCUUUGUGGUAAAAUAGCUGUGAUAAUUACGAACCGCUGAUCUUACCAAAGAUUAUCCACAUUCUGGUAGCUAUUCUUCUUGUCCGUGUGUAUGUGUUGCUAUAUUUGUAGACGAGACGCUUCAUUAACGGAAACAAACCGAAGAACUGCCAUUGAUAAUCGAGCAUCACACGGCCAAUGAACAGGAGAUAACGCUGCAUUAUGUUGUGUGGAACUCUUUUUUUCUGCGUUAGAAAGUUAUCACCAAUGGAUGAACGGAGUAUGGGGGUAAAAUUCUUUAGUUUAUAAUCUCGUUUCAUUACAUCAACAUCAACUCCGAGAGUGUCUAGUAAAAGUUUAGCUGGAAAGGAAGAUGUUGCCAAAGUCAAGCUACUUUUUGAUAUUUGUACUGUUGGUAAUUUUUUUCGCCGCAGGAUUGUUGCCAACCAAACGUAGACCGAUUCUUUACAAUCGGCUGACGUUCAACUACACCGAAGAAAGCUCGUCCUGGUAUUGUGAUGAUGUGUUCUUUAACGUUUUGAAACGGCACAUCAGCACUUAUGGUGAUGCUGAAGUUUCCGAAGAUCACCGUUUUUUACAUAACUUGAGUUCCAGUGAGCCGGCCAAUAUUAGUUUCCAUCUGUUUACGCGACAAAACCCUGCCAUCAGCCAACGGUUAGUACCGACGGUGGAAUCGAUUAAUGGUUCCUUUUUCAAUGUUUCCCGACCAACACGUGUGAUCGUGCAUGGAUUCUGCAACUGCCAACACUCCGACUUCUGCCAGAGUGUCAAAGAUGCUCUAUUGUUUGCGAAUGAUCUCAACAUUAUUUCCAUCGAUUGGAGUGAUACGGCUGGUUUGUUGGAUUACAUUCUGCUAAGGCUGAGGCUGGAUCAAGUUGCUGUAUCACUGGCGAACUUUGUAGAUUUUCUACACAACUCGACAAACCUUGACACCAACCAAGUGCAUCUUAUUGGCCAUAGUAUGGGAGCGCAUCUUGCUGGAUUGACCAGUAAGCGGGUUACUACCGGGCGUGUAGGAGCGAUUGUUGGCCUUGAUCCGGCUGGACCUCUAUUUUCCAGUAAGGAUCCCUCAGCACGGUUGGACAGAACCGAUGCGGAAUACGUAGAAGUGAUUCACACUAAUGGAGGUACCCUGGGAAUGUACGAUCCGAUUGGAACAGCCGAUUUCUAUCCGAACGGAGGCAAACAUCAACCCGGAUGCUUGCCAUGGAUUUUUGGAAGUAUGAUUACUGACAACGACACUACUAGUAGGAACAGGAGUAGAUUUAUUUUUGUUUGCUUUUAUUUCAGUGUCCUGUUCACAUGGUCGAGCGUGGGAGCUGUAUGCGGAAUCAAUUUAUACUCCGGUUGGUUUUAAAGCCGUUCCCUGUGAUAGCAUUCAACAAAUCGAAGAAAGUGUGUGCCGAAUCGAUCUUCCAAAGGUGGAUAUGGGUGGUGAACCUGUUAAUAUCACAAA